GUCUUCUCGCCCUACCGACGGCCAGCACUGUAUACGCGCAGAAGGGCUGCUGCUGCAGGCUCGCAGCCGAAGCGCUGCUUGCGCCCAGGUUACUAACAUGGAAGAAUAUCUCUAUCAAGCAUCGCACGAGCCGCGGAUAGGCCCGCGGUACUUGGAGCUUCUGGCAUCCAUAAUGCCUGCCACCUACUCCGCUGAGGACAGGCAGUCUGCGGGCUCGCUGCAGGAGAAGUUUGCAGAGGAUGCGGAGAAGAACGUCUCCCACCAACUCGUGGUUCCCUUAGAGCCUGAGUUUGACGACCCCAACAUCGACCCCGAUGCGAUCGUACUCGACGACGAUUCACCCUACCCGGAGGUACGCUCUGCGGUCGCCAACACCGAUGACCCAGACAUGCCGGUGAACACGCUCCGCGCCUGGGUCAUCGGUAUUGUCUGGGCCAUCAUCCUCCCCGGCAUGAACCAGUUCUUCUUCUUCCGAUACCCCUCCGUUACCGUCACUGGCAUUGUAGCGCAGCUGCUGUCAUACCCUCUUGGACGACUUUGGGCAUACGCGCUUCCGAAUGUCAAGAUAUUUGGUAUAUCCGUCAAUCCGGGACCGUUUACCGUUAAGGAGCACGUUCUGGUCACGAUCAUGGCCAGUGUUGGAUAUCAGUCCGCCUACGCAACGGACAUCAUCGCUGUACAGCGUGUGUACUACAAUCAGAUAUACAACUUCUCAUACCAAUGGAUGGUUGUGAUGUCGACCCAACUAAUCGGGUUCUCUAUCGGUGGAAUUGCGCGCCGCUUCCUCGUAGCGCCACCCUCUAUGAUCUGGCCGACGAACCUGGUGACUUGCGCGCUGUUCAACACCCUACACUCACAGCACUACGCCGGUAUCGGAAACCGCGGCGGCAUCUCCCGCGAGUGGUUCUUCCUCUACGUGUUCAUCGGCUCGUUCUUCUGGUACUUCUUCCCUGGCUACAUCUUCCAGGCGCUGAGCUACUUCACCUGGGUAUGCUGGAUUGCGCCGAACAAUGUGGUGGUCAACCAGCUCUUCGGGUACUACAACGGCCUCGGGAUGUCCCUCAUCACCUUUGACUGGUCGCAGAUCACCUACAUUGGCUCCCCCUUGGCGACGCCGUGGUGGGCUGAGGCGAACGUCGCCGUUGGCUUCGUGUUCUUCUUCUGGAUCCUCACCCCGAUCCUGUACUACACGAACACCUGGUAUGCCGCGUUCAUGCCGAUCUCGACGCGCACGUCGUACGACAACACGGGCCAGGAGUACGACGUCACGCGCAUCCUCACGCCGGAGUCGACGCUCGACAUCCGCAAGUACGAGCAGUACUCGCCGCUCUUCCUCUCCAUGACGUUCGCCAUGACAUAUGGGCUCUCGUUCGCGUCCAUCACGGCGACGAUCAUGCACACCGCGCUGUUCUUCCGCAAGCAGAUCUGGAUCCAGAGUCGUCGCUCGCUCUCGGAGCAACCGGACGUGCACGCGCGGCUUAUGUCCAAGUACCCGCAGGUCCCGGAGUGGUGGUAUUCCAUCAUUUUCGUGAUCAUGUUCGUCUUCAGCGUCAUCUCUAUCGAGGUUUGGAACACACAGAUGCCCGUGUGGGCCCUCGUGCUCGCCCUCAUCGUCGCAUUCGUGUAUACCAUUCCGGUCGGCAUGAUCCAAGCUAUCACGAACCAACAAGUCGGCUUGAAUGUCAUCACCGAGCUCAUCAUUGGCUACGCGCUCCCCGGCAAACCCAUUGCGAUGAUGAUGUUCAAGACGUACGGCUACAUCACCAUGGCUCAAGCUCUGCAAUUUACGUCUGACUUUAAGCUCGGACAUUACAUGAAGAUCCCCUCCCGGGUCAUGUUCUGGGCACAAGUGCUCGCCGCGGUAAUCGCGGGCACGGUGCAGCUCGGUGUGCAGUCGUGGAUGUUCACGAACAUCGACCGCAUGUGCGACCCCGCGCAGCCGGACGGCUUCAUCUGCCCUUCGACGGAGGUAUUCGGCACGGCGUCGAUCAUCUGGGGCGUUAUCGGGCCGCAGCGGCAGUUCUCGCAAGGCCAGAUCUACUACGGCCUGCUCUUCUUCUUCCUCGUCGGCGCGGUAUGCCCGCUGCUCACGUACCUCGCCGCGCUCCGUUGGCCGAACUCCUUCCUCCGCUACGUGAACUUUCCGGUCAUUUUCAACGGCACGAGCUACAUCCCGCCCGCGUCCGCGCUCAACUACGUGCCCUGGGCGAUCGUUGGGUUCAUCUUCAACUACCUCAUCCGCCGCCGCCAUUUCUCGUGGUGGACGAAGUACAACUAUAUCCUGUCUGCUGGGCUCGACUCCGGUGUUGCAGUGUCCAUCAUCGUGGUCUACUUCACGCUGCAGUACCCGCAGAACGGCGCGAUCGGGAAGAACAACAUUCAGAAGUGGUGGGGCAAUACCGUCUCCACCAACACCGCCGACUUCGGCCCCCAGGGCGCGGGCACGCCGUUGUCCGCCAUGCCUCCUGGCCAGACUUUCGGGCCGGCUACUUGGUAAUGUGAACGUGGUAAUGGGAGAGCUCCAUCGCAUGUAAUUUGUUUCGUCCUGGUUUGCUGUAUAUCAUGAGUUCUUGGAUCGUUUGUAUUGAGUACUUGUAUACCUGUAUGAUAUCCCGUUUCGGCGUCACCACGAGAAUCUCUCAGUCGUUCAAAUGUGCCCAGGUUCACUGGUGUAACAUCGAGCGC